UCCCUUUCGAACCUGUUCCUCUGCUUCCUGCUCCUGUUGUCUGUGAGCUGCCUGGCUCCCUAGACUCCGGGAUCCCUGGCCCCUUCCUUCCCACAGCCAUGGCCACCGCCCCAGGACUGCCCAGGGCUCCGAAAUCCAAGCCUACCCUCCCCUCCCACUACUAUGAGGGUUUUCUGGAGAAGAAGGGACCAAAAGACAAGGAUUAUAAGAAGUUCUGGGCUGGCCUCCAGGGCCUCACUAUCUUUCUCUACACCAGCAACCGGGACCCCCAGUAUGUGGAAAAGGUGGACCUGAGCAACUUUUUGGCACUGACAGAUGAUGUCCCAAGGGGCAGCAGCACCACGGACCCAGGCACUCAUUUCUGCCUGUCGUUGAAAGGUCAGGAGAUCAGAUUCAAGGUGGACAGCCUGGAGUCUCGGGAGAUGUGGAAGGGUUUCAUCAUGACAGUGGUGGAGCUGAAGGUCCCGUCCAACCUGACCCUGCUGCCAGGACACAAAUACAUGAUGGCUGAGGCCCUGACCAAGGAAAAAGAUCGCCGGGCCCAGGAGAAGCCCUCCUGCUUCCUGAAUGUGAGCCGAGUGGAGGCGCAGCUGGUCCUGGAGAGGUACCCGGACUGCGGGAACAUGCUGCUGCGGCCCGGGAGCGACCGCUCUGGAGGCUUCUCCAUCACUACCCGCCAAACGCUCAACGGGGCCGAGGUGGUGAGACACUACAAGGUGAAGCGCGAGGGCCUUGGUUACGUCAUCGACGUGGAGGAGCCGGUCUCCUGCUCUUCUCUCCAUGACGUAGUGAACUACUUUGUCUCCAACACCAAGGGGGCUUUGGUCCCCUUCUACCCAGAUGAGGACUACGAGAAGGUCUUAGGGUUUGUGGAGGCCAACCAGGAGAAUGGAGAGAGCACAUGGACAGUCCCCAAGCCUCCAGUCCCCCGGGUGCCAGGAGAUGCCAAACCAAGCCAGCAGCUGCCUGGCCCAGGCAAGCCCCCCUGGGUGCCCACACCUCUGCCACAUGUGCCUGCUCAGGACGAGAACUACAUUAUCCCCAUCAGUGAUGAGCCCACAGCCCAAUAUGUGAAUGAAGAUGAAGUGGCCCAGUUCUGCCGUCUGAAGGCUCCUGCAGCACUGCCCCUACGCCUGCCGGCUGGCCCCAAACCCAAGAAACAAGGGAAGCCACUGCCCAAAGUGCCACCUGUGCCCAACAAGGCCAAGACAGAGCCCAAAGGCCUCGCUGGCCCCAAGAAAGCUGCCCCAGGCUCUUCUCAGCCCAAGGUUCCUUUUGGCAUGUCCAUCUCCACAGAUAUUACUGAGGAGCUGGAAAGGAAGCUGCAGCAGAGAAGAGCCAACCUAGAGAAAUGAUGCUGACCAGAUAUGUGGACAAGGCCUUAGGCCCCAACCCCAGGGGAUGCUGCCUAUGAUGCCUCUUCCUCUUGCUACUCCCUCCAGUUUUAACCCUCUAGCAGGUGGGGCACAUCUUGAGCCCCACCUCCUCUAGGAACACCUCAUCCCCCCCAACUUGGAUAUUAAAGGUAAAGGAACACAAUG